UCUCCUCGCUUUUUUUUUUUUCCUUUUAUUUUGCAAACGUUUGUCUCUCACGUGCGUGCAUAUCACUCAUUAAAAGCACAUAGAAUAUUAUUUUAUCUUUUGUAGGCUUUCUUAUAUUUUCAAAAAAUUAGAUUUUAUUAUAUUUAUCUUCGAUCGCAGAUAUUUAUGGUGCAAAACUGAAAACAGCACUCACACAAGAGGCUGUCUGCUUUUCAAAAGGAACGGAUGUUAUAUUGGUUUGGUUUAAAAAGAUGAAGCACAAUCCAUAUUGAUCUUUAGGCAUCACAGACAAAAAUGUAACUAUACAGCAGACAAUUAUUGAUAAAUUUAUGCAGGGUAGAUAUGUAAGUGUUGGAAGUUAUGAAUGAUAAAUGAAGGGGGAAAAUAAUGAUUUUAACGAUCCCCUUUACAUUAAAGGGAGACUGAUCAAGGAAUUCAAGACAAAAUUAUAUAAAAAAAUUAAUAAAGAUCAAUGCUGAAUGAUAAUGCUAUUUAUUCCCUCAAUUGCACACACUUUUUCAGCACUAGUAGCAGGAGCUGUCAUUCCCACGCUCAUUAUGUUAACAGGUAACGUUUUUACUUUCUUUAUAGAAAACUAUAUAGCAUGAUUAUUUUAUUUAUUUAUGUCUUAUGGUCUUUAAAGAUUCCUGUCCUCCUUAAAUGUUAAAAGAAAAAACCACGGUACCAUCUUAAGUUUUCAACAUGUCUCUCUCUCUAUAUAUAUCAUCCCUGCUUACAAAUAAAAUUUGUACAAGCGUCGCUCGUGGACUUAUAAUUCAUACAUCUGUCAUCCUUAUAAAUGACAUCCGUGCACCUGUCAUCUGUACGCCUGCCAUCUACAUUAUACUCCUGCCUAUCAUUCAUAAACUUGUCACCAAUACAUCGUCAUUAAUUUACCUCUCAUCAACAAACACUUAUCAUCAGCACACUUCCUUCAGGUGAGCCUUCACAUCCUCACAAACAAAAUGCACUGCUGUUCAUUAUUUUAAAAACAAAAUCCUUAUCAUCUAUCUUUCAUUAUAACAGAAUGCUUCCAUCAGUGAAAUAAAAAUAAUCGGAAUAAAAUCAGAGCAAAACACUUAAGGACGAAAACGAUACCACUCGACGCACAUGAGAAGCAAACGUUCGCGAAUAAAAGCCGCUGCCUUUGUCACGUUUAUUCCACCGCUCAGUUCUUUUCAGCGUUUGUCUUCCAUUAAACACUCGAUACACACACUUACCUGCCGCAUGUGUGCCGCGGGGGUAGGGGAAAACUUUGAGGGGGCGGGGGAGAAAGGGGGCGUGUGACAUAAAUAUUGGGCAGCAGCAGCCACCAGCAUCAUUCCAGCACCAGCCUUGCCCUAACUACCUUACCUGCCUGCCUACCUACAGAGCAAGAUGCGCAACGGUGUGUUCGUGGCUGUGUUGGUGCUGGUGGUCCUCGCUGCCCUCCCCACCCAGGGGCAGGAGCUUCAUGUUCCCGAGCGUGAGGCCGUGGCCACCCUGGCGGCACGCAUCCUGAAGGUGAUCCAUGCCCCACAGGAGGCCGCCGCAGGUCUCCCUCACAAACGCAACUCUGAACUCAUCAACUCGCUGCUCGGCCUCUCCCCGCUGAUGAACGAGGCCGGCAGGCGGUGAUGGUCGAGCCCUUCACGCCCUUCCUUGCUGCAAGCUGAGGCGAGUCGUUGCCGCCCUGCUGCAGGGCUGUCCCUUCCACCACGCCUCGCAUUACUCAUUUAAUGAAUAAACUUUAUAUACAUUAAUAGCAGAGAUACCAGUUUUUCUUACCUUGAUCAUACUUUUCCUUCUCAUAUAUAACAAAUGGAUGGAACGCCACCAUCACAACACAAGACAGACCCACACCACACUGCUGAUUAAGCGAAUCAUAGGGUACCUUCAAGAAGUCACUACAGUAGACAACAAUUCGUGCUCGUGAAGACUGACGUGCGUGGGGUUUGCAAACAUUCCACGUCAAUCAAUAUUCAGUAUCUUAUUUAUAAUCAGCAACGACCCGAGCCUCAAAGGUUGGCGUGCUCAUCGCUCCUCAUCUCUUAUGAGUAAUCAAACAUUCGUCCCUCUUUGGAAGCCAUACUGACAAAACAUAAUUAUAAAUUUUGUGCUAUUUCCAAUGUCCUGUUUUUACUUUCCUUAAUAUCUUAUUCAUAAAACAAUUGCCUUCAUAGCAGUACUUGUACCAAACAUUAAUUUUUGUUAUCUUGUCCAGGGAUUUCCACUCUUUUAUUAGCUUGCCAGAUUUUGCUAACAUGUAUAAUCUAGGUAAUGGACAGAACUACCUGGCGCCUCGCUCAUAAAAGUGUCAAUGGCUUGCGUGAAUAUUUCGGAACAUUCUUUUGUCAAAUUGUUCCUUUUGGAGCUCUUCACUGUAUCGUUUAGUAUUUUUAUCACUUGGACAGGCUCUGAUCUUUUAAGCCAAUAUAACCACAACGUAAAUCCCUGCAGGCUGUGCUUACUGUGGUCACAAUUCUCCCAUUGCGUUUCUCUGGAAAUACCUGGUAAGGCAGUCAUUUGCAGCCCUCCCUCCACAUCCAGUCACGACCCGUCACGGACACACGUCGUCUAGCUAUUCACUAAUUUAGUGAACAUUCGAAGGUUUCUGUUUCAAUUUAUCCUCUGAAUAUUAUUUGUUUUUCUUAAGGUUGGUGGGCAUGAAGUUAUCUGACCCCCCAAAAAAAUAAGUUUAAAAAGUAUAUAAUGAAAUUACUCCAAGAACAAGUUGAAGUAUCUGUUCUUAUUAUGAGAAUUCGAAAUACUGUGUG